CCGCUGCUGCUGUUGCUAGUAUACCGACUGCCGAUUGGUGUCCUCUCAUGUUUAAACCUUGGCCUGCCUGCUAGUCAGCUAGCCAGCCAGCCAGCCAGCCAGUCAAAGUAGCAGUAGAACUAAAGUGAGUGGCGAAUGUUCAAGUGUAAGGUAUUUCCACUAAAUUUGCCGACACCGCGAGGCAGUUGUGUUCGACCAUUCAACCAGAACGGUUCACUUUCAGCGAUUUUAGACGCGGUCCGCGGAUACACCGAAUCCUUCACAUCCCACUCCUGCGUUAGUGUGUGCACUGUUGUAGAUCUUAAGGCUGCCUCCAUUACAGUCAACCCCAUCCUCACAUCCGGCACCCCCAUCCACCCCGUAAACCGUGCGUGUGUGUGUGUUUGUAUGUGAUUGAAUCGGGUUGUUUUCGUUGGGGUCUUGAGCCAGCAGCUAGCAGCGACUCCCCAACCCAGCUGAUGACGACGAUAUGGGGAUUUGACUUUUAGUUUUAUUGUUGGAUGCAGUUCAGAGGAUAAACAGUGACAACCCCCUGCCGCCACCUUGAGAUGUAAAGCAGAGAGUUUAGAAGUUUCGACGUGGCUCGAAGCUGCUGUGGUGCUACACGGGAACCUUUAGCAACGGAAGUUGCGCUUCGCUCUGUUGUUGUCUAGUGCGUGUGUGUUUUCAGACGAAAAGUUCGCGUUUCACGUUCGAUUUAACGGAUAAUAGAGUUUUAGUGUUACCGAAAAGUUGGUUAAGGAGAGCAAAACAAGCAAUGAACCAGUACGCUGUGGUGCUUCGUGUGCGCGCUGAAGGUGGAGUAGGAGCCAAACUGGUUUUCGAGCCGAGCAGUGCUUAAAGUGUUUUUAACUGGAUUGUUAGCAAAAAUAUGUGGUUCAAAUUAAAGUUCAUUAAAAAUUAAUAGUGUAUGAGAGGAGGUUGACGGCGAAAACAUGUCCUUCGACGGCUUAAAUGCAACUUUCGCUCACAUGUGUUCUGGUGGCUUAUCGUACAAUAGUCUCAGGCUGGGGCUGGCGGUUUACGCUGCGGCCUAAAACAGGCUUCUGCCGGUAACCUCAACUGUACACAUGCAGUGUAAGAAACAUUAUGCAACACUUGCUGUGCCCUUGUUCAGCCGAAGAGCAAGUCCCAUUGAUGUUAGCAAUUAUUGUCAAAAAAGGGGAAGAUAAGUGAAAAGAGCCACACGAAUAAGCCCGAAAUGGCAAGCGGUGUAGGUAAUGUAGUGGAUAAAUCAUAAAUUCAUGAAAGACACCAGAGGAAAGUAGUGAAUCGCGCAAAAAUAAGACGCCGUGAAAAAAUGGGCGAAACGCAAAAAUGCGGGAGAAAUGAAGCAUAAGUAAUCCGCCGAGUGGGAGCGUUAUCGAAGGCGAAAAGAAGUGCGCUUGGUGUGAUUACAUAUGAAUGAACGAGUGUAGAUGAAUAAUAAAUAAUAAGAGAAGUAGUAACAGCGCACGUGGAGUGCCAAGGUCUCGAAGUUUUGCAAGUGUCGGAUUGUAAGAGAAGAAUUAUAAUCGUACUUAAAUUUAUGCACAUAAGCGUGUGUCAUUUAUGCGAGUUUUGGGCUGUGGCAGCUGUCCGUGAAAACUUGCAUUGUGUUCGAGCUGCCGGAGUUUGCUUUCUUGAGUGGUGUGUGGAAAGAAAAGUGCAUUAAGAAAUUGACGGAAGAAAAUUUCUUAUUCUAAGUUGCCUAUCAUAAGCAGAUUUGUCCAAUGUUCACAAGAAUAACAGGUGAAAUGAUUGCGUGGCAAAUAUGUGAUCUUGGUGCGGAGACGUUUCUCCUUUUUGUCGCUUCUAUCGGUGUCGCAAAGAAAACCAUCCAAAAGUCGAUCAUCCCUUGGUGCUGUGGAAAAUAAAUGAUGAUUGGAAUGGGCGAAGGUGCCGAAGUGAAUAAAUGCUGACAGAUGUGGAAAAUAUAUUCGGUUGGGUAGUGUGAAAAACAGUUUGUUGAGAUGCAUUUCUUCGGCUGCUGAGACAGCUGUGUUCUGUGCAGUUGAGGUGUGUUCGACGUUUCUCGGUGGCACCGGGCAAAACUGACGAAAGCCGAUGUCUGUUGGGCGGUGUCAGCGGUUAGCCAAUUAGGUACGGAAAAUUUUCCAAACACUUUCUCUACAUUUCCAGACCAUUUAGUGGAGAGCUGCUGCUGGCUGCUGCUGUUUGCGGCCAACUUGUUGAAAUCAGACCCCGGAGUGAGCAAGUGAGUGACACCGCACGUAAUCGCACCGUACCGUGCGCCGGAUCGGAUCUGAUCGGGGGCCUAGAAACGAUCGAUGCUCGAAUUCGGGUGGGAGCUGGUGGUGCUCCCGGUAGUGCUAAUACGUUAAACGCGCGCGUCCAACAUAUAACUAAGCCGACCCGGGCUAAGCGGACUAGUGGCUGAGAGGAGGAAGAAAGAAUAUGAAAACAAAAUUUCGGCGUUUUUUACUACUGCUUUCCAUUGGUAGUGGCAAUAAUGGUGCUAGUGGCGACAACUGGUGGUAUAAUAAUCGUUUUCGUUUAGUAUAUAGCUACCACAAGUAAUUUGUUCUCGUUAACCUAAAACGGAUAAUUAGUGUCGGUGGGUUUGUGUGUGCAGUGUGAUCUCACCAGUGGAGGAAUGGCGGUGCGAUUCACCAACCAUCUAACGAUGAAGGGCCACGUGGUUCUGGUGCUACUGAUAUUGCUACUAUUUCAAAGCUACACCCGAAGCGCGCAUGGGCUGAGCCCAACACUGCAGACCACCAGCCAGACGAAGAUGAUGCUGAAGGAAAGUUUGCUGAUCCCGUCGAUGGAUUCGGAGAAGGAAGCCAAAGCGAUGUACGAGAAGGCUUUGCAGCAGUAUGGCAUUGUGGGUCGAACGUUGAAGGAGAUCUGCAAGCCCUGGCAAACGAGGGGCUGCCAGUGUGUCGGUUCGUCCGAGGAGGUUGCCCUGACUUGCCGGGGCAUCGGGCUGGAGACGGUUCCGGUGGAUUUGCCAGCUGAAAUUGUUAAACUUGACCUCAGCAGCAACAACAUCUCUAGUUUACCAAAUAAGUCGUUCGACAUGCUACCAAAACUAGAAGAACUAAUCCUCACCAACAAUAGGAUAGAUCAAAUCGAAACCGAAGCUUUCUUCGGUUUGUCGAGCUUGAAAAAGCUGGUGCUCCAAAACUGCGGCCUCGCACGCAUCCCGUCGGAAGCCCUGCGACGAGUUCGCACCAUUUCCUCCCUCCAGCUGGACAGCAACCUGAUAGACGGGGUGGAAAACGUAACCUUUCGUGGGUUCCACUAUUUGAAGAGUUUGAGACUGGAAGGCAAUCUGCUGCAACGGAUCCCGACGGAGGCGUUGAUCGGAUUGAGAUCACUAGAAGCUUUAAAUUUAGGAAAUAAUUUAAUAAGUAUUAUUAAGACAGGAGAUUUUCCACUUUUGGAGAAUUUACAUAUUUUAUUAGUCAAGAGGAAUCAAAUAAGUGAAAUAACUUCCGGUGCUUUAACCAAUUUAACUCGUUUAAAAGUUCUAGAAUUAGAUGAUAAUGUGUUAAGUUCAGUGCCUGUUGGCUUGGAAAACCUCGGGAUGCUGCAAGAACUGUCAGCAUCCGGUAAUCGUAUCCGAUGGAUCUCAAAGAAUGAUUUUCCCAAAAGUCUAGUCACGCUGGAGCUUAAAUCCAAUCCGCUGGUUGGCAUCAAGCCAGGUGCACUGCAGAAUAUGUCCCGGCUUCGAAAGUUAAUUCUUUCCGACGUUCGGACUCUCCAAGAACUACCUCCUCUAGAAGGCUGCACUUCGCUGGAAGUGCUACGAGUCGAUAGAGCCAAUCUAACCAAACUACCUGAACAUAUUUGUAAGAUGUCGCCACGCUUGAGGAGUUUAGACUUCAAAUCCAAUAGAUUGAGAAGCAUUCCAAAUGUGACAAACUGUCGUGAGUUAAGAGUUUUAGAUUUAGCCAGCAAUAGCAUAAGCUCGCUCCACGGAGCCCCCUUCUCUAGUCUGAACCAGCUGCACGAUCUGCUCCUUUCGAACAACGAAAUCGAAUCGAUUCCGCACGAUGCCUUCAUUGGCCUGUUCCGGUUGCAAGUGCUAGACUUGGAAGCAAAUCGCAUUUACUUCAUCCACCAGGACGCCUUCCGGCAACUAGUCAAGCUGGAAGAUUUAAACCUCGGCAACAACAUAUUCCCCAACCUUCCCACUGCCGGGCUAGCACGAAUUCUUCAUCUGAAAACGUUCAACAAUCCGAAUCUGCGAGAGUUCCCUCCACCGGAAAUGUUCCCGCGCAUUCAAACUCUGGCGCUGUCCUACGCUUACCACUGCUGCUCGUUCCUGCCGCUGAUGGCGAGCGUCUCCAAAGUUCCUAAACAUCAUCCCAUCCGGGAGGAGGUUCUGUUUCCGACUGACAACGAGUUCGAUAUGAGCUUGUGGAACAAUAGCUAUAACGAUUUGUGGCCGCAGCUGCAAAAUCUCAGCAAGAAAUUCGGAACGCAGAUCAACGACUUGCUGCACUCAUAUGGACCGGAGUACUAUCCCGGAGGUAUGCCAACCUAUCCGGAGGAAUACUUCGAGGAGGAGGGAGGUGUCACGCAUGCAAUGCCAACCAUGCAACCCACCAGCGUCCAAUGUCUUCCGGAGCCGGGUCCCUUCAUGCCUUGUCAGGAUUUGUUCGAUUGGUGGACGCUCCGGUGCGGCGUUUGGGUAGUGUUCCUGCUAGCCAUGCUCGGCAAUGGAACCGUCGUGUUCGUUCUGAUAUUCUCCAGGUCGAAGAUGGAUGUUCCCCGGUUUUUGGUGUGUAAUUUAGCGGCUGCUGAUUUCUUUAUGGGAAUCUACCUGGGGUUUCUCGCCGUCGUUGAUGCGUCCACACUUGGCGAGUUCCGGAUGUAUGCGAUUCCGUGGCAAAUGAGUGCGGGUUGCAAACUUUCCGGAUUCUUGGCGGUGCUGUCUUCUGAGUUAUCCGUUUACACACUGGCUGUGAUAACGUUGGAGAGGAACUACGCCAUAACCCAUGCGAUGCAUUUGAACAAAAGGCUGUCGUUGCGGCAUGCCGGCUAUAUCAUGACCGUAGGAUGGGCGUUUUCGAUCACGAUGGCGAUUCUCCCAUUGUUUGGGAUAUCGGACUACCGCGUGUUCGCCGUGUGUCUUCCGUUUGAAAUUAACAGCGGAACCGGGAGUCUCGUUUAUGUGGUCUUUCUUAUGUUUAUCAAUGGACUAGCGUUUCUCAUCCUAAUGGGAUGUUAUCUUAAAAUGUACUGUGCCAUACGAGGCUCCCAGGCUUGGAAUUCCAACGAUUCUCGAAUAGCGAAGCGCAUGGCACUCCUAGUCUUUACCGACUUCAUCUGUUGGUCUCCGAUUGCAUUCUUCUCUCUGACAGCCGUCUUCGGUUUACACCUUAUCUCUCUAGAACAAGCCAAAGUAUUCACUGUGUUUGUUCUGCCUCUCAACUCCUGCUGCAAUCCGUUCCUGUAUGCCAUUCUCACGAAACAGUUCAAGAAAGACUGCGUCCUCAUCUGCAAGGCAAUUGAGGAGUCUCGAGUCACUCGAGGAAUCGGACGUUGUCGGCAUAGUUCCAACUUCAGCAAUCGACACACACCGGCCAACACCAACUCGCUGGUGGAACGAUCCUCGCGGGAGCUACCCCCACUUCUUCCCGGACAGAUGUGUAAUUGCUCGGCAAAACUGAUGGAACAGGAGAACAUGCGGCGUCGUUUUCAGCAGGAAAAUACCUUCUCCAAGACGUGGCGUCGAUUGCUGUGUAACCUUGGCCAACGAGGAGAAAAUCGACGAGCUGGACGCAACGGUGACCAGUAUGCCUACCAAAUUGCUGAGAUACAACAAAAGCAACACAAACGAACCGGAUCCAUGUCAUCGAGCGAGAAUUUCAGCUCAUCCCGGUCCGAUUCGUGGCGAAAUGCUCAGCACCAUUGUGGCAUUCCACUUCGACUGCUGGAUCCUAAGAGAAGGCACACUUCUUGGCUGAUCACCCGGAAGACUUCACAGGACUCGAAUCUGUCGAGCUCGCGGAAUGAUUCUUCCGGUUCUACGGCAACGCAAAGUACCGGAACGUGGAGGAUAUCGCGCUCCAGUGCCAGUAACUCCGUAGUCCUGCCCGGAGUGAAGGUCGAUGGAAUAGUGCAUCCGCAUCAUUCAGGUGGCGCUCGCCAGUCCAUACCGGGUGGCAAACCUCGCCUCGUGCGUCAAUCCGCCGUUCAGGAUGACUCCCAGGAACUAUCCUGUUCACCUCCGCGGUUGGCUGUUCGCUUCCUACCAACGAUUCCGUCGGCAGCCGACAGCAGCGUGCAGUUGGACGACGACACAGCGGAAGCCCACUCAAGUCCCACGUCCAGCCACAGUGAGCAAGGUGCGAGCGGAACCAGCGGUCAACCAUCACCGUCACCAUUCUAUGCUAUCCUGCACAGCGGCAACCCUCAGGCGGCUGUAUCUAGUCUUAAAGAUAAAACAAAACCACCGUGAGCCACGGAAGGCGAAGAGCUGUAGAUUUAGGGAUUUUCCUCGUGAGUUCAAAGUGCUUUGUCAGUGUUCGGUAAUUAGCCAAAAUGCUCGAUUAGUUUUGGGUCGGUGACAAAAGUAUGCAUCUAUAGAUAAAUUCUUUCGAAAAUCAGCCAUACAACCUGUAAAUAUUUUAUACCUAAUAAUAUUAAGCGAAUCCGAAACAGUGUGAUACUAAAAUGAAUACUUUCUAUUGUCUAGAGUAUUUGUAAUAAUUUAUUUCAUAUUAGGAUAGGUAUUGAAAAAAUGAACGGGGCAUUUAAUCAAAACUCAGUCAGGUCCAACCGCUUCGCAGUAAAAACAGAAGCAGAAACAAGCACGAUGCGUUUCACUUGACCUGCCUUAGUCUAGUCAAAAUCAUCGCGAGCGCCAGUAUGCUUGUAUACGAAACAGCUCGUACGCAACAUCUUGCACACAAGUCGCUUCGCCGCGAAAGCUACUACAAAUCGUUUACCGCUGUUUUCCAUCAUAUUUCCCUGCGAUGGCCCUAGUGAAUAAAAGCUCACAUUGUGCUUGCUGCUUGAUUUUCCUUGUCGAAAGCUUUUCACUAAGUACCACGAGGGGGGAAAAUCUGUGAACAGCUCAAACUACUACAGUGCGAUACCAAAUAGAAACAAAACUCGUGUGAAAUGCACCGUCCACAGACAAUAAUAAAUCCUUACAUCCUGAACAAAAUGAAAAGGUCCCGUAAGUUUGCAAGCAGAGAAAAACAAAAUAAAAAGUGCUCGAUGAAACAAAUAAUAAUUUAAGAACUAAGAAAAACUACAUUUCAAAAUUGAAUGAGAAAAAUAAAUGCUGCCAAAAAUACUUCUUGUAAAACGGAUCGAGGAUCAAAAAUUUAGUUCAAUGAUCAACACUGCCAUUCGAAUUGGAAUAACUUUAUGUUGUACUUUUAGACCAGACUUAGAUUUUAUAGGACUUCCCGUCGGACGAAGAAUACAUUGAAUGCAACCAGAACAUAGCUAUUUUCGUUAAAUAUGAAAGGACGAUGGGUGAAUUGAGACAAAAACAAAUACAAAAAUCAUUCAACUUGAAACAGUAUUAUUUCGCAAAAUACAGAUGAUACAAAAAAGCGGACUUCGUUGUAUAGGAGAAGCCGGAGAAAAAAAUAAUAAAAUAUUACAAACAAGAAAUCAAGCAGAAAAUGUACUCAACCAAACUCGUGAAAAACAACUUCUAACAAUUUUUAAUCGUUGUAUGUUGCCUGUUGUGUAUGGAAGGAAUCAGAGCGUAGGUUAUGCGAGUCGAUAGAGAGAGAAAAAAAGUUGAAUUAAUGGGAAAUGUGCACGAACAGAAGAUUUAGAAAUUAUAUAUUUAUUCCAAAUACUAACUUUACAGGUCUUGAUAACUUCAAAAGUUAUUGGAACAACUUUACAUAAACAAAAGAGUAAUAUUAAGUUAUAAAAAAUGUGGAACAUUGUGAA